UGAGCCCUGUUGUGAGUGCUGUUGUUUUUAUGAAAAAAAUGUUAGAAUUCUAUACGAAUAUUAAUUCGGGAUUGAUGCAGGAAGCGAUGCAGCCACCGCUCUCGUGUUCCGGAAGAGCAGAACUAAACCCUAGCAUAAAACGAGAAAAGAUCGUUGAAAUAUGCGAAGGCUGUGGCCAGAAGAUCCAGGACCGCUACCUCAUGAGGGUUGGGGAACUAUCUUGGCACGAGCAAUGUCUCAGCUGCUGUGUUUGCGGUUGUCCACUUGCUCACACCUGCUACACUAGAAAUUCCAAACUCUACUGCAAGCCAGAUUAUGACAGAUUAUUUGGCAUCAAAUGCACAAGAUGUGGGGACAGACUUCUACCUCAAGAAAUGGUUAUGCGAGCACAGCAGUACGUUUUUCAUAUCCAGUGCUUUGUGUGUGUUAUGUGCUGCCAGCCUCUCCAGAAAGGCGAACAGUACGUUAUCAGGGCGGGUCAAAUAUUCUGCAGGCAGGAUUUUGAAAAAGAAAUGUAUUUGAUGCAGCACGCUGAAGACGAUAUGAUUAUAGAUGAUUCUGAUAGACCACGCGAUGGGCGACGGGGCCCUAAACGUCCAAGAACAAUCCUGACGUCUGCGCAGAGAAGACAAUUUAAGGCGUCUUUUGAAGUCAGUCCGAAACCCUGCCGCAAGGUUCGCGAGGCACUGGCAAAAGACACUGGCCUUAGUGUUCGAGUUGUGCAAGUAUGGUUCCAGAACCAAAGAGCUAAAAUGAAAAAGAUACAGCGUAAAGCCAAACAAGAAGGUGAUAAGGGUGUGGAUAAAGAAAAGGAAAAGGAUGAAAAGAGCAUAAAACAAGAAUCGCCUUCAAGUGAUCAUGGAAAUUAUUUAGGUCUCGACGCAUCUUAUUCAGCUUCCAGCCAGCCCCUGAAUCCUAAUCUGCCAUAUUCACCAGAUGAUUACCCGGCGCAUUCCGGAGACAGCUUCUGCAGUUCGGACAUAUCUCUUGAUGGCAGUAACUUCGAUCAACUGGACGAGGGCGCUUCGGACACAAUGAGCCUACAAAACCUGGAAGUUGCCCAUCACGCUCACAACCAUGGAAAUCAUGAACCUCUUAACUUAGGCACUGGUGCCGUAGUAAAUCCAAUAGAUAAGCUUUACCUAAUGCAAAACUCUUACUUUAGUACGGAACAUUGAUUAAGCCAGAGACGCGUAGCCCGGAGUAAGGCUGGGUUGCGCCUCGGUCAGAACUCUAGAGCCCUUACAGUUAAGUCUACAUCAACAGCAACGAGUCACACAACAACAAACACUAACUCUUUUAGUUCGUAUUUCGAUUUUACAACUUAUUCUGUGUCCUAAUUAUUAUUAAUAGGUAUAGAACCAUGAAAGAAGGCGCGCCAAUAUUCAAAUUCAAAUCAAAUAAAUUGCACUCCUAUUCCACCUAUAUGCGUGUGCUAUAUUGAAUUAGUUGAUCUGAAAGAAGAGAAGUCACGCCUUUAAAGUUGGUAAUAUCUUAAAACUAUAACAUACACUUGGAUUGGCUGAUAGGUGGUUACUGACAGGUAAUACACAACUUGAGGUUACAUUUAAAUUACAAGUCAUACAUCUCUUUCCUAUAUCCCAAUAUACAAAAACAAAAUUGAAUGCAUUUGAAUGUAAAAAUGUUUAAUAGACGUCUAUGUAUAGUGUAUGUAUGUAAAUAGUUUGGAUUUGUUGUAACAAUAUAUAUUAAGUCGAUAUUGUAAUAUGUGUCUAUAUAAGUAGUAUUGUAAAAGAUAUAAAUAUUUCCAAAGUGAAUCCAAAGGCUAUAUAACGUUUUGUUUUAACAUUUUACGAAACUAUGUUUCGAUCUUAUUACUUAAAACGAAGAACUAUUCAUAAGAAUGUAGCAAUCAAUUUAUGUGCAAAUUAUUAAAUACUGACUAGUCAUUCGUAACUUUUAUGGCCACGCUGGCCUAAGAUAGAAAACGGCCACAUUCUUUUUUAAUACAUAAUUUAAGAGUAAAAUUGAUAAUAUAUAUAUUUAAUUGUAAAUAAAAUAUUGUACACUAAGCAUUGCGAUGCGACACUUUUGUGAUCAUAUAUAAAAUAAUCGUUGUUGUUAAAAAAGUUUUCAAAACUGACAUACUUCAAAACAUUGCCAAAUUUAAAUAAUACCUUUUUUAGUUUUAAUUUUUUAGGUUUUUGGGGUAUCUUUCCGUCAUUAUGUGUUUUAAAACACUACUACUAUCGCAUUAUUAAAAACCUUAGGUUUUUGGAUAACCUUAUCUAUAUGGAUUAUCCAAUAAAACAAAUUAUCAAAGCAAUAUGUUGAUAGUUCAAUAAGUAAAUGUUUUGUUCAUUUAGAAUAUUAAUAAUUAGCAACAGAUAGUUUUGCACGAGUCACUUAGUAUAUUUUUACAAUUAUCAAGUGAAAUUGAAACAUUAGAAAGAAGAUCUGUUUACGAAACUCAAAUAUCAAUUAUGCAAUAUAAAAAAGUGAAUACAAUAAGCCUCUUGACCAUGCCAUCUCCGUCACACACUCUGAACUUCGUCAAGAAUAUACUUACACAUAAAUACCUCACAGUGAAAUCCGAACCAUGCACAUGAACAUAAUAUUAUCAGAUUUCUACUCACACAGAACUCGCCAUGCAAUCUUGUUGAAUCCAUUGCAUUCACCAAUAUUCUAAUCCUUUAAGUAAAGAUUGUUAAGUAAUCCAAUCAAUAAAUUUAGCCACGCCUUACAUCUUUCUCCACAUUGUUAGUUAUUUGUAAGAUAGGUCAUAUCAUAUAUUAUUUGAUAAGUAAUACUUGUUUUAGUACCCAAAUUAAUAUACCUACGGUUUGGGUACACUAUACUUACUAAUACCAUCAUCGCUAUAGGGCAUGAUGUAUAUCUCAGUUUAUAUCUUUAGUUUUUUUUUCGGUGGUAGUUUAUUAAUAUUAAAAAUCCCUAAAGCGUCUGAAUACGGCGUCCAAUGACUUCUUCCUGAGGACGUCUAUCUAGUAUCAGCAGAACGUCUAAAUAUUUGAAAUUGGAAGUGUGAAAUAGAUGUAUAGAAGUAUAGUUUAGUAAAUAAGUACCUAUGUUUAUUUCACUAGUACUUUCGAAUGUUUAAAAGUAAUAAAUAAGGGAUAAAACAA